AGUGGAAGGUGGUGGAGGAAGAUUACGAACUGCCGCGCGGCCGUACACCGUCGUGCGAGAGAGAGAGAGAGAAAGCGCGGGAGGUAAAAAGUGGGGGCGAGCGAUCGCAAGGCAUCGCACGUUCGACGAGUUCAGUUGGGUGAGCGCGUUUGUUCGGCGUCGAUCCUUGCAUCGCUGUAGCGCGCUUCUCGGGAUCACGAGACGGGGAACGCCGAGUGUUCGGAUUAAAAAAAAAAAGAAAGAAAACAAUAACAAUAACACGAGUAACAACUGGUGAGGGCGCGUAGUAUUUAUUGUCUAUAUAUCUCUCAUAUAUCCAACGAGUGUUAGCAUUAAGAAUGUGUAGCGAAAGCGUGUACGUAACUGAAAGAAAAAAACACACGAAAAAAAAUUACGAUAAAUGAUUGAUCAGGGUUUAAGAUAUAAGUGAAAACCAUGCGCUAAAGUUUCCUCUCGAUCAAGCAUUCUUUCGCUCGGUAUGACGCGCGAGAUCGCAACUAGUGGUGGUUAAAAGCGAAGGUGGAGAAAUCGGUUGUUUUAGAAUAACUCGGUUUUCCGGCUCUUGUAAUAAUAACGUUGGUGACGAAUACGGAAAACGAGGAAACAUCAAGUUUGCAUUGCGGAAUUAAUCUUCGCUCAGUACGGCAAAAAGGAGAAGCGAAAUUUUAUGUAUUGGAAAAUAAUCGAAAUAUACUUCAGAAAUACAAACGUGUCUGUGUUCUGUGACAAGUGUCUCUUCGUCCUGUGUCUGUGUCGCGUGUGUUGUGUUUGUGUAAUUGUGCUCGAGUGCCCGAACCAAAUUUUCGGAGAAGUAACAGAAAAAGACGCCAGCUAGUUCUCAGCGCGAAAAGGCGAUACGGACUACGGUGAACGAUACAGAGGAAAGGUUGAAGACGUGAAAGAACAGAGAAUGGAGCAGCGACGGUCCCACGGAGACUCGGGCUACCGGUGGACCUGGGCGAGGUCCCAGACACGACUCUUAUUGUUGCUCCUGCUUUACGGAACUCUAGCGAGUGGUACGAGAUUGAGGCAUUACAGGCACUUGGACGUGAGAUCACAGUUCCUAAGCGAGACGGAAUUACUGGCUCAGACGGAUGACAAUCACAACCACAAACCAGUGUUCUCUAAUUGUUCGAGAUACGCACCGGAGGUUAACGAAGAAGAGCCCGCAGGUACCCAGGUCAUUCAGGUGCGAGCCGAAGAUCGCGAUUUGCCAGAGGAAGGAGGUACGAUAACGUACAGUUUCGUAACCGCCCCCGGUGAAAAGCUCAAAUUCGAAAUAAACAACAGAACCGGCUUAAUCAGGACCACUCAAGUCCUCGAUCGUGAUGAACCGGCCCGAGAAAAAGAAGCGUAUCUAACGGUUUUGGCAACCGACAAUGGUAGACCCCAACUCGAUGACGUUUGCACUUUCAAAGUUACGAUCAAGGAUGUCAACGACAAUGCUCCAGUUUUCGACAAAGUGGCGUAUACGGAAUCGGUGCCGCAAGAUUUGCCGCCGACCGGGGAAGUGAUGAGGGUUUCGGCGACCGACAUAGACGACGGCAAUAACUCGGUCGUCGUUUACAGCCUCUUUCCAAAGAGGCCCGACGACGGUGCUUACUUCCGAAUCGACAACAGCACCGGCGUCAUUUUUUUGACUAAGCCGCUGACACAAAAUCCCGACUACAAGUUCAGCAUGACUGCCAAGGCCCAGGAUCUCGGUAGAGAGCCAAAAGCCAGCGUUAUCGAUUUGGACAUUCGAGUGGUCGAAUCACACAAAAAGGCACCGACGUUUUUACCGCGUCCCCAAGAACCACUCAGACUCCGAGAAAAUUUUAGCGACUUCGACACGAGUCUCGUAAGGCUCGAAGCUGUAUCUAAUAUUGACGACAGUCAAGAUCUCAUAUUCGAGCUCGUACCCGGACGUACAGAGCAGACGAACAAAGGAAAUACCUUCAGAUUGGAAUCGACGAAGAACAUAGCCGACAUAAAACUCGCUCAGCAUCUGGAUUACGAGAGCAACACCGAGUACACGCUUAUCGUUCGUGUUCAAAACAAAUAUCAGCUAGCCGCCGAGACUGUUAUUAAUGUAAAAGUAUUGGAUGUGAACGACAAUAUACCGGUUUUCCGUGAAAUGGAAAAAGGAAGCGUGCUAGAAAAUGAGGCAGCCGGAGUACCGGUUAUGCAAGUACGAGCCAUCGACGCCGAUGGCACAUCCGCCCACAAUCAGGUCACUUACGAGCUGGACAAUUUCAAAAAUCUCUUUGCGAUCGAUCACCAGACCGGUAACAUUACGACUCUGACGACUUUCGAUCGAGAAUCCGAGGAUACGUACAACGUGAAAGUAAUAGCGGUGGAUAAUUCGCCGAGCGCACUUUUUAAAACGGGAGAACACAACAAGGGUCAACAAGUGUUCCGUAUUGAAAUUGCGGACAAGAACGACAACGCGCCCCACUUCACGCAAGCGGUUUACACGGCAAAUUCGAUCCUGGAAAAUGCAAACAUAAACGCACCAGUUACGGAAGUAAAAGCUAUCGAUUCGGACACGGCGAGUCCGGUGACUUACAGUAUCGUGGCUGGCAACACGGACGACAGCUUUUACAUCGAAGGCACAACCGGAAAAAUUCGUGUAAAAAACCCGCUUGAUUACGAGCAAAUAACCGAAUACAAUUUGACGGUUAAAGCGUUCGACGGUUUGUUCAACGAUACGGCACAAGUGAAAAUAUUUAUUGAAAAUGUAAACGACAAUCCACCGAUAUUCGAGGAUUUCGAGAGAAAUCCAAAAAUCGUGGAGGAACAAUUGGUCGAAGGUUGCGUUACGAACGUCGUCGCCUAUGAUCCGGAUAUAAAAGAUCGUCACGCCGAUCAGCAUAUCGCUUAUUUCAUAGUGAAAGAGGAGCAACAGCCCCUGAUCAGUAUUGACAAAACUGGAUGUCUCACGUUGCGAAAGCCUCUCGAUCGAGAUCCACCGAACGGUUAUCCUAUGUGGGCAAUAUUGGUGAUGGCCCGUGACGAAGAUGGUUCACCAACAGCGUUGCGAGAGCUCGUAACCGUCAACAUAACCCUCGAGGAUAUAAACGACAAUGCACCUUUCCUCGACAUGCAGCAACCGGUCGUGUGGGACGAGAACAAACCUCCUGGUAACGUCACCAAACUGAAAGCCCGUGAUUACGAUUCCGACAAAAACGGGCCGCCCUUCGAGUAUCGAAUCGACGACUCCGCCGAUAACGAAAUACACACAAAAUUCUAUAUUCACGAAGACGAUCUGUACGCCCGUGUCGAAUUCGAUCGUGAAAAACGUAAGAGUUACGACAUCCCAAUCGCGAUCACCGAUAGUGGUACACCGCCGCAAACCGGUACAUCAACUUUGACCGUUAUAAUCGGUGAUAAAAAUGACAAUGCGAUGGAAGAAGGCUCAAGCUCGAUAUUCGUAUACAAUUAUCGCGGUGAAGCGCCUGACACGAAAAUCGGACGUGUUUACGUCGAUGAUCCCGAUGAUUGGGAUUUGCCGGAUAAACACUUUGCCUGGGUGUCCACCCACGAAGGCUUCCUCCUCGACACCAGCACGGGCAUGAUAACCCUCCUUUCCGGCACCUCUAACGAUACCUUCAACCUGAAAUUCCUCGUUACCGAGGAUAGCCCGGAAGUUCCACGACACGAAGUCUAUGCUUACGUCAAUGUCACCGUGAAAGAAAUACCCGAAGAAGCUGUCCUGAAAUCUGGCUCUAUACGAUUUUUCGGUAUAACCGCCGAAGAAUUUGUCGAACCCAUCAAACCCCGCGGCAGUAAAAAGGAUUUAUUCCAAGAAAAUUUGGCGAAAAUGCUCAAUACUUCCAUAGACAAUGUUGAUGUUUUUACUGUUCUGCAUUCCCCGCAUCACAACAACAUGUCUCUUCUCGAUGUCCGAUUUUCCGCUCACGGAUCCCCUUACUACGCUCCCGAAAAGUUGAACACUAUUAUAGCUCAAAAUGCGGAGAGAAUAGAAAAAGAUAUGGGGGCUGAUAUUUUGCUUAUCAAUAUCGAUGAGUGUCUCUUUGAAAAGCUUCAUUGCAACAAUUCCUGUCGAAACUAUCUCAAUCCCAGUAACGAACCCUACGCGGUUUAUACCAACACCAGCUCUUUUGUUGGCGUACGCGCCGUCGUUGAUCCUCUAUGCACGUGCCACAUUGCCGAACCCAUAGUCUGCCUCAACGGUGGAACUCCUCUGGCUGAGCGUUGCGAAUGCCCGCCUCAUUACGAAGGCCCGAGAUGCGAAGUUUUGGGUAUCGGAUUCCAAGGCGACGGUUGGGCUGUUAUGCCUCCACCCGGACAAGCAUGCGAUGACUCACACUUGGGUCUCGAGUUGACACCACAGGUUGACAAUAGUCUUGUUUUUUAUUUUGGACCAAUGAACUACAGACCGAAAUUGGGAAUAAGCGAUUUUAUGUCGUUGGAAAUCGAAAAAGGUUAUCCAGUUUUGUAUGUUAACUACGGUACUGGAACUGUGAGGCUCGAUCACAAUCUGAUCAAAUUGACCGAUGGCAAAAGUCAUAGGAUCGAUGUUUAUUGGACAAAAACCGCAAUCGAAAUGAAAGUCGACAAUUGCGGAAUUUCGGCUUGCAUGAGUCUCAAAGCCCCAGCUGGAAAGAACGAAUUUUUGAAUGUUAACAGCCCUCUGCAAAUCGGUGGUGUGAUGAGCGAUUUGAGCACACUCGCUUCGAACCUCGAAUGGAAACACACACCAACGAAUAAAGGCUUCGUCGGAUGUAUACGCAACAUGACAAUCAAUGGGAACACGUACAACUUGGGUAUGCCAGCAUUGUCGAGAAACGCUGAUCCAGGAUGCGAUAAUGCAACAACACAAGCCGUAUCUUUCGGAAUUGAUACGAAUUUCCUCGUUGCUAUUCUCGUGUGUAUAGCUGUACUCCUCAUUCUUCUACUCGCCGUAGUUGUACACAGAAGGAAACGUGAUGAUUUAUACAAAGACAUGGACGACAUAAGAGAAAAUAUCAUAAACUACGAAGAUGAGGGUGGUGGCGAAGUUGACACGGGAUACGAUUUGAAUGUCCUCAGGAGAAUUUACGACGCACCGCCAUUAGAUUCUAAAAUUGCGCCUGCAGGAAUUCAAACGAGAGUUCCAGACGAAGUGCCAGAUAUUUGUGGAUUUUUGGACAGCAAGAAAGAAACAUGCGACAAAGAUCCAGACACGAAUCCAUUUGACGACGUCAGGCAUUAUGCCUACGAAGGGGAAGGAAAUUCCGAUGGUUCCUUGUCGUCUCUUGCCUCUUGUACGGACGACGGGGAUUUAAAAUUCAAUUAUCUCUCGAACUUUGGGCCAAGGUUCAGAAAAUUGGCGGACAUGUACGGGGAAGAGCCAAGUGACGAGGACAGCGACGGCGUCGGAGAACGAGAGAGCGAAAGUUGGUGUUGAGAGACUGGCUUUUCAAUAAAAAAAAUGAAAAAAGUAAAAUAAAUAACUGAAUAAAAAGGAAAAAGUACUUUAAGAUAGUGAAACAAGGAAGCGAAAUGCUAAGAACUCAUGAGGAUCCAGGGAAGAGAGUCCCUUGAAAUGGGCCCGUGUGAACAGGGAUUUUUUUUCGUUGGAAAAAAAUACAAAUAAAACCGGAAGUGAUGAAACUUCGAGGAAAUAUUAUUUUUAACGAAAUUUUCACGAAUGAGUGAAGAGAACGUCUUAAAAAUGUGCGCAUCGACAUGCGAUUAUCACUAACAGAUUUUCCGGCCCUAAUCGAGAAAAAACAGGAUAUAAAUGUACCUAUGAAUACAUUAAUAACUAUAAUACCUUUUUUUUUACACUCUUUUACAUUAAAUCGAGUCGCAACAGUACACGGAAAUGAAAUAGAAUGCAACGUUACAACCUAUACUGUUAUUAUUUUCCAUUUUUAUUUGUAACGCUGCGUAAUGGCUUCGAAAUGCUAUGUGACUGACUUUGGAACUCGCUAGCCGUAAGAACUCGUGUAACUUUGGGCUCGCGAGUUACCCGCUCAUUCGUUUAUUCGAUGUUUUUUGUUUCCCGAAGCUUUCCCUUGAAAAAAUCACAAUUAUAUUGUCUCCCAGUCAUUAAAGCUCGGGGAAUUCCAACAUUCGUUCCACCUUUGCUUCGACCUUUAUGAUAUCAUUUGGAAGGGAAUUGAAAAAAUGUACUACGCGUGAAACGGGAAAUUCCGUCGAUCCGACGGUCAUCCAAGUUACACGAUUUCUCGGCUAUUUUUUAUACGUGAAUAUUAUUAUUACACAAAAAUAUAUGUCAAUAUAUUUCUGUAUAUGUAUGUAUAUGUGGACAAAAAAAAAUCAAUAUUCCUCUUGGGGCAUUGAAGCGAUGAAACAUACACAUACAUAUAUUUAAGCAUAAACAUAUUAUAUAUCGAUGGAGACAGGACUGAGAAAAAUAUUUCAUAAAUUUGGUAAUUGAAUAAAAGAGGUAACGACAACGUUUGUGAUUUCUGCAACAAAUAAGAGUUCAAAUCGUCUUUCCCUUCCAUAUUUACUUCCUUCUAUUCGCGCAGCUAAAUUAUUUCUUGUAGUGAAACAACAAAAAUCAAUAUAUUGUUGCAGAAAACAUAAAUUUAUUUUAUGUCAAUUUAUUCAAUUGUAAAUUUAUCUCAGUGCAAAAAGUGUGCAAAGAAAGAAUUUAUGUAUGAGAACGUGUGCGUAUACGUGUUUGUGCGAGUGAAAAAAAAGUGAAUGGACACAAAUGAAUAUGGUACGUCGCAGUUUAGAUAGAUAUACAAUAUAAUAACAAAUAUAUAUAGCGCGUGUUCAAAGUGCUUAUGCAAAAAGUGGCAUAUAAAUCUCAAAGCGAAUGAAAAUUAAAUGAAACUCGGAUAGAAAAGCGAGAUGAUAAAAAUUAUAAUGUUCAUGUAAACUGAAAUAACACGAGUACAUCCGCGUUCGAGAUUCGUCGACGAUUGAGAUUCAUUGCGUACAUUUUUAUUGAAUAUUUUUUCUCUUUUUCUUUACUCAUAUAAUGGCUCAUUCAUUAUCGACCAAUCGUUUUGAAAACUCGCAGAUUUAACGAGCUGACUUUUCAGGCAUUAAAAUCCAUUUUCCGCCUGAAGAGCCCUCUCAAUUUAACGUGAUUCACAAGUAUUCCAAGACUAUUUCGUAAACGGACAGCUAUAAGAGUAUAUAUAAAUACCGAUAUGAAUAAAUGGUAAAUAUAAAUGAAUGAAAUGAAAAAGAAAUAUGAUAGAUGAAGGCAAAACCGAGUGCCAUAAUAAGCACAUUUUCUGACGGAUUUCCUCGGUUUAUAUUAAACGAAUAUUGAAUAGUAUGUAUAUGUAUAUGAAUAAUUGCAGUUUAGGCAAUUUCGUUAAAAAUCAAUUCCAAUUUUGCCAAACGCGAAAACGAUAAAAAAAAACAAUAAGCUCAAGGGGCGUACAUUGAUGAGUUAUAGAAGAGUAGGGAUAUUUUACCUCUCGAUUGCCGAUACGAAAUUCCACUACAACAGUACAAAUUCCAAAAAAUUCAAUAAUAAUCGUUCCUCGGAUAAAUAUUCUGGAAAAAAAAACCAUUUGUCAAACAAUCCUACAUUUUCUUUCGCAAAAACUCAAAUUUUUCAAAUUGUUGCGUUCGCAAUAAUUGUGACGCAUGAAACUUUGUAUCCUAAAUCACGAAUCAAUGAUCGUAACGGUUUGUAGCAAUAUCAGUAAUUUCUCAUUUUUUACGAAACAAUUUAUAAGAAGCUGAACAUGCAAUCGAAGUGAAAAAUCGUCGUCAUCGAGCGUAUACGAGCUCGCGAAAAAAAAUUACUAUUGUUGAAAAGUAAGAAAAAGAAGAAUCGUGUCGAUCGAUGAGCAAACAUUUUACAAACUGCCCAUGAAUGUUUGAGCUCGAAACCCUGGCUGGUGCAUAAAAUUUUUCGCUCACAACAUAAGGGAGUAAAAAUGAUGAACCAGCUUGUGAAAUUCGUUGAUGCAGAAAUUCAUUCCUUUCCCCAUCAACCCCCACGAAAUGCAUUUACCAUAAUCGUAUUAUUUUUUAUUCAUCCCAUCAUUGUUCUCAUUUUAUGCUUAAGUAGGACUAUGAGAAAGUUUUAUUUUUCAUGUAUACACAACUAUUAUCUAUUACUGUACCAACUACGAUUUUUCAUGAAAUAAUGAAAAAUAAAAUAAAUCUUUAGUUCAUAAGCUUUUUGUACAAUGAAGCAGUGAUGUCACUGCGUAAAUAUGUAUUUCUAGCGAAUGGGGCCUCGUUGAUAUGAAUCCGACUUUAAUAGUAAUUAUAAUGAUAACAAUUAUCAUAAUAAUCAUAACGAUAAUACGAGUAAUAUCAAUAAUAAAUAUUGUAGCAAAAAUAUUAAUUUUUUAGGCGAAAGACUUGUGACAUUUUUUCGUUUUUCGAUGACAUCGAGGGAAUCCUCUAUUUCGAGGACAACUCGCACGUUUUACUCGCAAAUUUUUUUCGAAUUCAUCUCAACGAUGCGCUUUAAAAGUUAACUCACAAUAAGCGGUAUAUAUAUAUAUAAAUGAAUGUAAGUAACAAUAAUAGAAGAACGAGUGUGAUCUCAAAAUUUUACUACGUCCGCGGUUCGAUUACGAAAUAAAUAAGUAAAAUAAAAGGGAAGAAGAAAGAUUGAUAAAAAUUGUUAACUCGACUUGACGCGAGCUAUUGAACAACGACUUUUUUUUCAUUCAAAUUUCUUUUUACUUUUUUGUAGUUUGCAACAUUUACAAUUUAGAUGUACACACCAAAAUCACUUAGACUCGAAUAUUGUAAAUCGAGCAGAACGAAAGAUGUUUUGCGUGAAUCAAUGUUGUAAAAAAUGUACAAUGGAACUGGACAUUUAUUGAGCGGAGACAUUGAACCGGACGUUUGAAACGUUUUGUACGAGUAAAAAAAACUUUGAGACAAGGAUGAACCUGAGAAUUUUUAUUUUAUUUUUUUUUUCUUUCAAUUAGUACAGAUCGCUUCAUUGAGUAAUCAUCAAACAUAAUGCAAUAUAUGUUGGCUCGAAAAUUUCUUAAAAAAUCUCCGACAAGAGAAUAUUCUACUACUGUCAGACGAUUUUAUUUGCUCAAAACUUCUUGCAUCUCGUAUUACAGAGAAUGCCAUCGAUAAAAUUGCAAUAAAAAAUGUACGUUCUUUAAAGACGAUUGAAAAAUGAACGAUAUAUUCCCACUUAUCAAUAAAAUCAUUCUUCAAUGAUGAAUUUUAGUUAUUUUGCAUAUUUUUGUUUCAUCGACUCGCAGUAAUAGUAAUCAAUUCGUUGGAGCAUACUUUUUCCAAUGAAACUCGCAAAUAUCGUCCAAUUUCGUUGUACAUAAACUUUAGCGGUUACGAACGCGAUAAGCGGGUACAUUUAGGCACACGCGGUGUGCGAGUACCACUUUGCUAUCGAUGUAACACUUACACGGAAUAUUUAUAAUUGAGAAAUCGUUCGACGUGUUUUCGUAAAAACAAAUUCGAGGAAAUGGUUGUUUCGCGAAUCGUUAAAAACACUUGUGUCUAUUGUUGAAAUAACUCGUCGUUAGAUUCAAUGGGGAUUGCGAGAGAGGCGAAUAAACAGAUGCUAAUGUAGCAUGCAAUUCUUCGUGUGUUAUUUGCCAAGAUUUUCCUCGAUAUGACUUUAACGAAUUCACCUGUGAUCUCGCUUUUAUGAAUUGAUCGUAAAGAAGAAUGAGGAGGAGGAAGAGCCGAAGAAAGAUUAUAAAAAGAAGAGAGGACAUAUCUUCAUUCCGUCUAUAAGGUUUUACAGGACACUGCCCUAUACAGGUUAUAAUGUAAUAACAUGCGAUUUAUAGCGCGAGAGUGGCUCGCGAAUCACUGUAUUUUUAAGCGCCUGGAAAUGUAAUCGCUUCAUUUUCGUUUCAAUGUUUUUUUCUCUUCAUAUGUAUACACUUUUUUCCAAUUAUCUUUUUUUAUUUCGUUAUAUAAAAUCUCGCUGAUCAUUAACAGCGAAAACUUUUGUUCCGACAAAUCACUCUGCCGGAGGGCGAGGACGUUUUAUGUAUUUAUGUAUGGAGGGAGAGAAAAAUAGAGGAAAAUUAAUUCCAUUGAACCCGUCGACGUGAGCGGUGGAAAAAUAACGAAUAAAUGCGAUGUAAAUAUCAUCGAACAUGUGAUAAUCGAUGAUCAUUGCUAUAGGAAUGCACCUGUAUCGUUUAUUCCGAAUUCAUCACCCAAUUUAACUGUAACUUCCCAAUUUUUUGUUUAUAUUUUUUUCUCUUGUAAUAAAAAUAAAAUUCAAACGUACGGAGUACCGAGUCA